UUAAUAUUUUACACUAUACUUGUAUAAAAAAAUACAAAAUAUUUAUUUUGAGUGAAAAAUGUACCAUUAUUUGUAUAAAUAGUGUAGAUUGUGUAAUAAGUAUAAUAAAAGUCAGUGUAGUCCCCGCGUGUUUCCUUCCCGCGCACGUCGUCCGAGCUGGAAGUUGGUCAUGGUCGUCCGCCAAACGGAAAGCCGCCAUGAUGGCUUUCUGCAAAGUACGCUCAAUAUGUGAAUUUUCGUUAUUGUUUUUCAUUAAUUGUGACUGAGUGCGUGCAAAAAUUAAUCAUGGGAACGAACUAGAGUGUGCUAAGUGCAGUUUAAGGUCCCUUGGGACCUCCUAGAGGAGCUAUAAAGUGUUUUAUGAGUGCAUUUUUGUGUCGACGCUAGCGUGUUUUGUUCUGUCAACAAAAUGUCGAAGCUCUCGUUUAGGGCGAGGGCCCUGGAUGCGUCGAAGCCAAUGCCCAUAUACCUCGCCGAGGAGCUCCCGGAUCUUCCGGACUACUCGGCGAUCAAUCGUGCCGUACCUCAGAUGCCCUCUGGAAUGGAAAAAGAGGAGGAAAGCGAACACCACCUCCAGAGGGCGAUAUCGGGCACGGGGCUGAUAAUACCAACGCCGGAGGUGUGCGAGGUCACCGACCUCGAGUUCUACGAGCGAUGCUACCCCUGCGACUACAAGAUGCCCAAACAGCACAUCCAUAUGCAACCGCUGUGGGAGGAACAAGAGGCGCCGGAGUACGACAUCGACUCGGAGGACGAGAGGUGGCUGAAGCAGCAGCGACAUCCGGAGCUCACCGAACUGCUGUUCGAGCAGAUGAUGGACAAACUGGAGAAAUGCUCGGGGCAGACGGUGGUGACGCUCAGCGAGGCCAAGCUGCUGCUGGAGCGGAAGGACGACCUGGUCAUCGCAGUCUACGACUACUGGCUCAACAAGCGGCUCAACACGCAACAUCCGUUGAUCCUGUCAGUGAAGACCGAGAGCCGGCCGGGCCAGUCCACCAACAAUCCCUACCUCGCCUUCCGGCGCCGCACAGAGAAGAUGCAGACCAGAAAGAACAGGAAAAAUGACGAGAGCUCGUACGAGAAGAUGCUCAAACUCCGGCGGGACCUGGCGCGGGCGCUGUCGCUGCUGCAGCUGGUGGCGCGGCGUGAACAAGCCAAGCGCGACCUGGUGCGCCUCACGGCACAGCUGGCCUCCGCCAGGUACACAGCCGGAGACUUCACCACGCACCUGCCCGAGCCUCCACCGAGGCCGGUGUUCGCGGGUGCGCUGCCGGCGGCCGCGUUCCGCCGCGAGCCCUUCGCCGUGCAGCAGUACACGCCGCGCCAGCCGCCGCCGCCACAGGACACACCCAGACAGCGAGAGAAACGUCCGUACAAGAGACGGAAACACAGACACCACUUGGUCGGCGCGCCGCAGGGGCCAAGAGAGACUGGCGUGGCGUCUUCAUCCUCGGAGGAGAGCUCUGGUCGCGCGGACACCGCCUCGCCUCCGGACCCUGGGCCCUUCGCCUUCCGACGCAAGCCCGGCUGCUUCUACGAGAUGCCGACGGCGACGCUAUGCGGGGACCCGCUAGAGCCAGAGAGAGCCGCGCCCGGCGUCAUGUACGAACACGAGCUUGACGAGAGGCACAGGUACACGCUGACGUCGGUGAGCCAGCCGUACCCGCGCUGCGUGGGGUUCGCCCGGCGGCGCGUGUGUCGCGGCGGGCGCGUGGCGCUGGACCGCGUGUGCUCGCCGCUCGACCAGCUGUGGACGCGGCUCGACUUCAACCCGCCGCACGCCGCGCGGUACCGCCGCGAGCGGGACGAGGAGGUGGAGCUCGAAACGAAGGCGCACAGAACUCCAAAAGAGAUGUCUCGAGACUACCACACAAGCGGCAAAUAUCCGUGGAGGCACGCCUUCAGACAACACCUGGCCCGCAACCCACAUCUAUGGGUCGCCGACGUCAAACCAGACAUGGACGACGUCAAACCAGACCUCGACGACGUCAAAAUGGACGUCGACGACGUCAAACCAGACCUUGACGACGUUAAAAUGGACGUCGACAAAAUCAGUGUUAUACCUCAAGAUAGUGAUAUUAGUUUAAGAACUAUUGACGAUUAUAGUGAUGUGAAGUGUGUGAGUGAGGAAGUUAGUGUGGACAGAGACGUGAGGAGUAACCUCGAGGCGGUGAUGAGGAAGAGGUCCUGGAGUGGCUGCAGCGACAGCAGCUACGACUCUGACGAGAGUUUGUACCCGGUCGAGAAGGAGUUCGAGAAGUUUAUCAAUGAAGUCAAUAAGAAAUGGUUACAUUUCCGACCAAAAACACCGCCCCCGUCGCCGGCGCCGGCGUGCGACACGGCGCUGCCUCGGGACGCGCCCUUCACGGUGGAGCUGCGCGGCGCGGGGGAGUCCUUCCUGUCCGAAGACCUGACGCUCGACGCCCUGCUGCCGACCGGGCUACACGACGACACAGGUGCGUGCGGCGCGGCGCAGCGCGGGCAGCAGCAGCCGGGGCGCGACCACACACACGCUUUUUUAUCCCAAGGCCAGGGCUCCGUGGGGCGGUGGAGCCCUGGCCGGCUGGGCUCGUCCACGGUGGUGGUCCGCGAGCUGCCGCCGCCGCCGCCGCCGCCGCCGCAGCCGUCUCAGCCGGCGCCGCCUAGGGCGCGUCCCAAGCCCGCCACCGCCACCGUCGCCAGGACGCCGCCUAACAACGUGGACAAACCCCAAACCCCUAAGAAGACGCCCACCCCAUCAAGAGAGGAUCGCGAGAGGGAGAGGGAACGAGAGAGGGAGAGGCCGUCGCCCUCUCCCGUGCCCAACUCCAACAUCAUCGUGGAGGAGGUCAAUGAGGUUCCUCCUCAGAUAAAACUAGAAAAGAAGAAGCCCCAGGACACGAUAGAGGAGGUGGUCCUCGCUCACGGCGUGCAGCUCAAGACGGUGCAGACGAAGCACUCCCCCCUGAAGAAGCACAUCAUCACGUCGGCGCCGCGUGCGCCCGCGCCGCCGCACGAGCCGCACCAGAUACUGACCGUCGCGGUCUCUGAUAGCCUCAAGGUCCGCCUCCAGAACCACCUGCUGUCGUCGCAGGCGGGCGGCGCGGGCGCGUCGGGCGCCACGGUGGUGGGGCUCGUGCAGAACGGGCCCUUCGCCGGCGCCGGGCCCGUCGCCGUCGCGCUGCCCGUGCAGCCCAGGGACGCAGCAGGCACCCCGCUAGCGCCCCCGACGGUGUCGGUGUCGGCGGCCCCGCGCCGGGCGCCGGCGCCGCUGGUGCAGCUGUCGUCGGCCGGGCGCGUGCUGGCGCCGCCCGCGGGCGUGGUGCUGGCGCCGUCGCACACCAUCCACCACGUGGCGCCCAACAAGCUCAAGGUGCUGCAUGCGCACCCGCUCACGCACACGCAGCGCACGCAGCUACUAGCACAGAACCGCAGUAUAACGCAACUGCCCGCCGUGGUGUCCCUGGCGACCCUGGGUGACGCCAAGACCUCUAACGCGGCGCUGCUCAAGACGGGCCCCGGUCAAGUCACGCAGCUGUUCGAGAUCAAAGGUGGUCAGCUAGGCAAGGGUGCGCACCUCGUGAAUGUGGUCCGGCAGCCGGCGCCCAACAAGCCGGCGCUGGCGCGGCUGGACCUGCACGACGCCAAGAAGAGGCAGCUGCUCGCCACCUUCGACGCUAGCGCCUUGAAGGGCAGCGUGUCCCCGCUGGGCGCGGGCGGCGCAGGCGCAGCGGGCGGCGCGGGCGCGGCGCGCGGCGCGACGCGCGUGGGCGUGAGCGUGGAGGCGCGCGGCCUGGUGCGCGCCGCGCUGCCCGCGCUGCGGGCGCCGCAGCUGCGGCACCAGAUACACCUCAAGAACAGGACCUUCCAGGUGGCGGCGCCCAUAGCGCGCGCCCCGACGGAGGCGUCGACGUCGCUGGGCGGCGCCGGCAAGGCCGCCUCCAUACCCUCCUCCGUGGUCGCCAACCUGCUGCACAAGAACGUGCAGCUGCCCAAAGGCGGCCAGAAGAUAGCGAUCUCGAGCGCGGGCGGCGUGGGCGGCGUGGCUGGCGUGGGCGGCGUGGUGGCGGGCGCGCCGCACGCCGUGGCGCUGGCCGCCGCGCAGCUCAAGGCGCGCCAGGCCAGGGUGCUGGCGCAGGCCAGGCCGGCGCACCACACUGAGAUAGUGGAGGCGUCCCCCGCGCCGGCAGCGACCUCGUCCUCGGCCACGGAGCCGGCGCUGGCGGCACACGCGGCCGACGGCGACGAGGCCAGCACCAACGGUGCCGUGCGCAGGCGCACCAACGACACGCUGCCCAUGGAGGUCACGUGACAACCGCCUCACGGCCCGGUCGCGGGAGUCGCCCGCCCCCACGGUAAGUGUCGACCACACCACGGACAGACAACCCACACUGAGGAGACUCGCAACACUAGACCGCACCACGACGCGAACACCGUCGAC